AUGGUUACAAUUGAAAAAUCCGCGGAUGUCAAGAUGGGAGACCUUAACAAGCCAUUUCGGUUCAAUGGUAACCAUUUCAAGAGAUGGAAGGAAGGUGUUCAUCAGGGAAGAAAGAAAAUAUUGAAGAUGCUCAAGAGAAUGCUAGAGGAAAGGAAAUCACAACCAAGAAAAGAACAAAGUGACUUCUUUGAUUAUGUAUUAGAAGAACUUCAAAGUAAAGACACAAUUCUCACUGAGGCAAUAGCUUUGGAUUUGAUGUUUUUGUUGCUCUUUGCUAGCUUUGAGACAACCUCUUUGGCUAUAACUUUGGCUAUUAAAUUUCUUCAUGAAUAUCCAAAGGCUUUGAAAGAAUUAACAGAGGAACAUGAGGCAAUAAUUAGAAGAAGGGAAAUUGCAUCUUAUGGACUUACAUGGAAAGAGUAUAAAUCAAUGAAGUUCACAUUUCAGUUUAUCAAUGAAACAGUUAGAUUGGCAAAUAUUGCUCCUGUGAUUUUCAGAAAAGCACUUAAAGACAUCAACUUCAAAGAAUAUACCAUUCCAGCUGGUUGGGCAGUUAUGGUAAGCCCUCCAGCUGUGCACUUAAAUCCUGCCAAAUAUGAAGAUCCACUUCAAUUCAAUCCAUGGAGAUGGGAGGGAAUAGAGAUAAAUGGAGCAUCAAGAAAUUUUAUGGCUUUUGGAGGUGGUAUGAGAUUUUGUGUUGGUACAGACUUCACUAAGGUGCAAUUGGCCGUCUUUCUCCAUUGCUUUGUGAAUAAGUACAAGUGGGAAACAAUUAAAGGAGGAGAUAUAGUUCGAACUCCAGGUUUACAAUUUCCAAAUGGUUACCACAUUAAAAUUUCUCAAAAAGAAUAUUAA